UUCUGUAAACUACUUUGAACUACUGGCAGUCAGUGAAGUCACUGAAAGGCAAGAUUCUAUGUUGUGUUGCCGUAGUUUCCAGAGUUUACUUAUAAAGCUCACUUACAGAAUUCAGUUAGAAAAGUCAAGCAUUUGAAGGGCACACAUUUGAAGGAAUAUUAACUCAAUAUUAACUCAUUACGGUUUACAUUUUCGAGUUUAAAAGUUCUCCGAAAUUACAAUGAAAAAGGAAACAAGAAAAAUUACCACUCCAGCCGAUAAGAAAGAUUCAGGAGAUCAAGAUUGUAAGAGCAGGACUGCUAAAAGAAAGGCCAGUCCUGAAAAGAAGACCCCAAUAAAAAGGAGGAGGGUCGCUGAGCAGGCUGGUCCUUCCACCAGCUCAGAUGUGGUCAAAGGAGUGAAGCGCAAGGUUGUGCAAGAUGAAGAGGGCACAACAAAGAAAGCAAAGAAGGCUAAACUUCUCCACCAUAUGAGCGGUGACAAGGAGCAAGCAUCCUCCUUGUUGGACUCUGGUAAAGACUUGAAUAACAAACAGGUGUGCGCAAAAAUGGCAAAAGAAAAGGCCAUGCGGAGACAACAGAGAGUCACCCAAGAAAAAAAAAAAAGGAAUGUGGACCAGGACAAAAAAUCAGUGGCAGACCAAAAACGUGAAUUCCAAGCCAGAUAUGCGGAGGAGCACCAGCUCGGAGAAGGAGGCUGCGGAGCAGUGUUUGCUGGCUACCGGAUAGAAGAUCGUUUUCCAGUUGCCAUCAAACACAUUCCCAAAAAUAAAGUCUACUGCAAAGUGGCGGAUGAAAGCGGGAAGAAGCUCUCGGUGGAAGUGGCCAUUAUGGUUAAACUUGCAGGUGAAGCAGAAGGGUCAGUGGGAAUAUCUGCACCUGUGUCCUUGCUGGAGUGGUUCGACCUUGGCAAAGAGCUGAUCCUGGUGCUGGAGAGACCUGUCCCCGCUGUGGACCUGCAAAAAUACAAAGCAGAAAAUGGAAGAACUUUAACAGAGGACAAGGCCAAGGUCAUUCUGAAGCAACUAGUUGAUGCUGUAAAGGAACUUGAGGAUAAACACAUCUUUCAUCGGGACAUCAAGGGACAAAACAUUCUGAUUGAGACCGGCUCAGAUGUGCCUCGUGUUCGCAUCAUUGACUUUGGACUGAGCUGCUUUGUUAAACAGCGAUCUCUGUAUCGCAUCUUCUAUGGCACUCCUCUUCACAUCCCUCCCGAGUGGUACAUUAGGAGCUGCUACAGGUGUGGACCCACCACGGUGUGGCAAAUGGGAGUGGUGUUGUAUGAAGCGCUUCAUGCACAAUACUUUAGUACCGCGAGGUUCCUCACAAAGAAACUGAGCAUCAAAAAGCGUCUGUCCACAGAAUGCCGCAAUUUCUUGGACGCAUGUUUAGCUAUAGUCCCGGAGAAGCGCCCAACACUGGAGGAGCUCCAGCUUCACCCCUGGCUAAGAUAACACACACAAACACACAAUUCACACCUUAUCAUAUAAGUAUGAUACAUUGUAGUAACUUUCUUUCUUUUUUCUGUUGGACAGGAAUAGAUAGAAUGGGUCAAUCUUAAAAAAUAAAUAAAUAAAAAUUUAGCUUUUUUGGAGUUCCUGUAAGCCCCCCAGCCAUCCCAGGAAAGGGGAUCUCUCUUUGAAUGGGCUUUCCCGAGGUUUCUUCCCAUCGAUCUGGCCCCCUGGGGAGUUUUUCCUCGUCUUCAUAGAGAGCUUGGGCUGGGUCAGGAGCUCCAUCAAAACUGUCUUUAUUUGAUGACUUUAAAAUAAAGAUGUGUUUUACUUAAAUAAAACUUGUUUAAUUCAU